AUGGCGGCGGCGGCGGCGGCGCCGGGCAGAGUCACACCGCUGGCGGCGGAGUCUUCCCCUCAGGAAGCUACCGUCUUUGCCGCCUCCUCCUCCUCCUACACCGCCUGAACGGCGGCGGCGGCGGCGGCGGCGGCGGCAGUGACUAAGCGUGCCUCCUCCGCCACCUCCAACCCUGCCUGCCCACCUGCCGGUGGCUGUGGCGAUAGCGGCGGCAGCGGCUUUGGAGGCUCCACUAUGGCGGCGGCGGGGAGGGGGGGCAGUAGUUUUAAAGUAGACACCCGCCCUUGCCUCAGAGAAGAUAUGACUUGGAAUGAACAGGAAAAGGCUGAACUUUUCACAGAUAACUUUUGUAAUAUAUGUGGAGUGGUGCUACAGUUUGAAUCACAAAGGAUUUCACAUUAUGCGAGUGAUAAACAUGCUCAGAAUAUUAGGCUUUAUUUUCAAAUGUAUGGGGAACAAAAUGAAGUGCCUGGUAAGCAAAUGAAGAUGGAUGUUGAGAAUUUUCAGGUGCACAGGAGUGAAGUAGUGAACAGAAACAAAUUUUGUGAUCUCUGCAACAUGAUUUUUAGUUCCCCAGUUGUUGCUAAGUCUCAUUAUGUAGGGAAAGUCCAUGCUAAAAAAGUGAAGCAGUUAAUGGAGGAGCAUGAUCAGGUGUCUCCAUCAGGAUUUCAGCCAGAGUCAGAGAUGGCAUUUGGUAUGAGAACCUACGUUUGUCAUACUUGUAAUAUCACCUUCACAUCUUUAGAUAUGUUCCAGUCCCACAUGCAAGGAAGUGAACAUAAAAUAAAAGAAUCCAUUGUUUUCAGUCUAGUGAAGGAUUCAAAGAAAACACAAGACUCUUGCCAAGAUGAAUGUGCAGAUUACAUCAAGGUGCAGAAAGCCAGAGGACCAGAGCCUAAGACUUGUUUCAGAAAGAUGGAAGAGAGUUCUUUAGACACCUGUGGGUACAGAAAAGUGGUCAAUUCCAGAUCCAGACAUAGAAUGUUUGAACAAAGAUUUCCAAGUGAUACUUUAUGGACAUACCCAGAAUCAUACAAUAUUACACAAACAGUGAAAAAACAUUGCUUACCAGCUCAUUCAAAGAAAACAUAUGACUCUUUCCAAGAUGAACUGGAAGAUUACAUCAAAGUGCAGAAAGCCAGAGGGCUUGAUCCAAAGACUUGUUUCAGAAAGCUAGGAGAUAACUCUGUGGAAAUUCAUAGGUACAGAGAAGUUGAUUCUGGACUCAGACAAAGAAUGUUUGAGGAAAGAUUUUCAUUUGAAACUUCCCAGACCGACCAACAACAAUACAGUAUUUCACCAGCAGAAAGCCAGUUACAUCAUUGGUUACCAGCUCAUUCAAAGAGAACAUAUGACUCUUUCCAAGAUGAACUUGCAGAUUACAUCCAAGUGCAGAAAGCCAGAGGACUAGAGCCAAAGACUUGUUUCAGAAACAGAAGCAAUAGUUCUAUGGAAACCCAUAAGUGCAGAGAAAUGGUUGAUUCCAGACCCAGACAUAGAAUGAUUGAGCCAGGGCUCCCAUUUGAGAUUUCCCAGACCUAUCCAGCAUCAUACAAUAUUUCACAAGCAGUGGAAAACCAGUUACCUCAUUGCUCACCAGCUCAUGACAGCAAACAGAAACUAGACUCUGUGACCUACUGUCAACCCACCAGAGACUAUUUCCUAGAAAAACCAGUACCCCUGAGCCUUAGUCAGCAAGAAAAUAAUUCUGGCCCAUACAGUGUAGAAUCUGAAGUUUACAAGCACCUCUCCUCAGAAAAGAAUACCAGUGACCAUCAGGCAGGUCAUAAACAGAGACAUCAGAAGAGAAGACGGCACCUGGAGGAAGGGGAAAAAAGACCAGAGAAAGAGCAGUCCAAGCAUAAAAGGAAAAAGAGUUAUGAAGAUACAGAUCUAGACAAGGACAAGAGUAUCCGCCAAAAGAAAAGAGAGGGAGGUAAAGUCAGUGCCAGUGCAGGAAAGCUUAAGCAUCAAAAGAAGAAAAAAAGCCAUGGUGUACCCUCUGAGAAAGAAGAACAUAAGCACAGGAAACAGAAAAAGAAAUUUGUUGAAGAAAAAACAGAAGAGGAAAUGCUUUGGGAUGAAUCUAUUCUUGGAUUUUGAACUUUUAGUUUUGUUUACCCGAGGAUAAAUUGAAGAAAUUGGUUAAGAGUAUGUAUUUCAACAAAGCCAGGGACAUCCAAUGAACA